UUGGGUGUCCCCAGUGCCGCCGCCGUGUGCCCGCUGUCCCCAUCCCCACCCAUCCGUGUUCCUCUGGGGCAAUUCCCCUCAUCCCAGUGGAGCUGCGUGAUGUGGGUCCCUUCCUUGCCUGUCCCCUCAGUGCUGAUGGGAUGAUGCAGGGGGAUGCCCAGGGACCCCAGUAACCAAGGGGUGCCAUAGGGCCACCAGUAACCAUGGGAUCCCAUAGGGCCACCAGUAACCAUGGGGUGCCAUAGGGCCACCAGUAACCAUGGGAUCCCAUAGGGCCACCAAUAAUGAUGGGAUCCCAUAGGGCCACCAGUAACCAUGGGAUCCCAUAGGGCCACCAGUAACCAUGGGAUUCCCUAGGGCCACCAGUAACCAUGGGAUCCCAUAGGGCCACCAGUAACCAUGGGAUCCCAUAGGGCCACCAGUAACCAUGGGAUGCCACAUGACCACCAAUAAUGAUCACAGAACUGUAGGGAUUGGAAGGGACCUCCAGAGAUCAUCAAGUCCAACCUCCCUGCCAAAGCGGGUUCCCUACAGCAGGGGAUCCCAUAGGGCCGCCAGUAACCGUGGGGUGCCAUAGGGCCACCAGUAACCAUGGGAUGCCAUAGGGCCACCAGUAACCAUGGGAUCCCAUAGGGCCACCAAUAAUGAUGGGAUCCCAUAGGGCCGCCAGUAACCGUGGGGUUCCACAGGGCCGCCCAUAACCACAGGCUGCCCCACGGCCGCCCAUAACCACGCGCUUUCCCUCCCGGCAGCUCUUUGUGAUCGACAACGGUGCCGACGACUGGCGGAUCGCCAUGACGUACGAGCGCAUCCUCUACAUCAGCCUGGAGAUGCUGGUUUGUGCCAUUCACCCCAUCCCUGGGGAGUACAAAUUUUUCUGGACCGCACGCUUGGCGUUCUCCUACACUCCGUCUCGGGCGGAGGCGGACGUGGACAUCAUCCUGUCCAUCCCCAUGUUCCUGAGGCUCUACCUGAUCGCACGCGUCAUGCUGCUGCACAGCAAGCUCUUCACCGACGCCUCGUCGCGCAGCAUCGGAGCCCUCAACAAGAUCAACUUCAACACUCGUUUUGUCAUGAAGACUCUCAUGACCAUCUGCCCCGGGACGGUGCUGCUGGUGUUCAGCAUCUCCCUCUGGAUCAUCGCCGCGUGGACGGUGCGGGUGUGUGAGAGGUACCACGACCAGCAGGACGUGACCAGCAACUUCCUGGGUGCCAUGUGGCUCAUCUCCAUCACCUUCCUCUCCAUCGGGUACGGGGACAUGGUGCCGCACACCUACUGUGGGAAGGGGGUCUGUCUGCUCACCGGCAUCAUGGGCGCCGGCUGCACGGCCCUGGUGGUGGCUGUGGUGGCCCGAAAGCUGGAGCUCACCAAAGCUGAGAAGCACGUUCACAACUUCAUGAUGGACACGCAGCUGACCAAGAGGAUCAAGAACGCGGCGGCCAACGUCCUGCGGGAGACGUGGCUCAUCUACAAGCACACCAAGCUGCUGAAAAAGAUCGACCACGCCAAAGUCCGGAAGCACCAGAGGAAGUUCCUACAAGCCAUUCACCAGUUGCGCAGCGUGAAGAUGGAGCAGCGGAAGCUGAGCGACCAGGCCAACACGCUGGUCGACCUCUCGAAGAUGCAGAACGUGAUGUACGACCUCAUCACCGAGCUCAACGACCGCAGCGAGGACCUGGAGAAGCAGCUGGGCAGCCUGGAGUCCAAACUGGAGCAGCUGAGCGCCAGCUUCAACUCACUGCCUCUGCUGCUGGCCGACAUGCUGCGCCAGCAGCACCAGCGCCUGCUCGCCGCCGUGGUGGAGGCUCGGGCCGUUGCCGUGCCUGCCGGCACCCCGCAGACCCCUCUGUCCGAGAGCCCCAUCGGGGUCAGCUCCACCUCUUUCCCCACCCCGUACACCAGCUCCAGCAGCUGCUAAAAGCGCAGAGCGAAGCCCCUUCCUGGCGCUCCGUGGACACGGGGAGAGCUGGCGGCGGCCCCGAGGACUCGGCGUUCCCUCUGGGAACGGCGUUGGAGCGGUGAUGCCUUGGGAUGGACAUCUCCCCCCUUCUCCUCUGUCCCCCAGACCCGCUCCCUUUCCCCCCCCCCCCCCCCCCGUUUCGGUGCCUCUACUCGUGGUGAAGGAAGGGGACGGAGGCGACGCUUCGCGCCGCGGCGCUCGGUGGAGGACAGGAAUCCACGCUCAAUCUCAGGUCUUCACAUUGAAAACAAAACAAAACGAACACAAACCAGUCGGAAGCACUGAAGCGACGGAGACACCGGAGGGAGAAUCGCACCGUGUGGAGCUCGGGGCUACGGGGGGGCACAGGGCUGCUCGCCCCCAACCCCUCCCAGUGCGUUCCCCUCCUCCUGACCUUGGAGUUCUUGCACAGCUCUGCCCUGAGAUGUCCGUGCUCCGUCCCGUCUCCUUGCCAAGACACCAACACGCUCCCCUCGCUCUGUUCCAGGGUAGGUGGUGGGCUCCGAGCUGAGCGGGGGUUCUCUCUGCGGCACCGGUGCUCUCCGUUGGGGCAGAACCAGCUCUUCGUUUUGGCUCAUUGGAGUCUCGAGCAGUGCUUAAUACAGGUGGGGACGCCCCCACCGCUGCCCCCCACCCCAUCCGGAGGUCUCCAAACCCCGGAACACCCCUGAGGUCGGGGAAGGCACCGGGCGCAGCUCCGACCCCGAUGCCGCGGACGAUGCUCAGUGUGGGACGCUUCAUCUGUUUAAAACCACCCCCACCCCGCACCGCUCCUGCUGGGGGUCAGCAGCACCGGGGAGCGAAGAUCCCUGUUCUGCUGUCACCGUGUCCCCUUCUCGUGUCACCCCGCAGCAGUUUGGGGUUCUGCCCGGUCCCUGCGCUGCCCCCGCUUUGGGGACGGCGUUUGCUGCUUUCAUUGAAAACACGGCAGAGGAUAUUUAUAUAUUUUUAAACAGAUGAAGUCAGCGUGUAAUUACUCCGUGAUAUUAAUUACACAUCACCCGGCAGUGUCAGUAAUUGUAAUCAAAAGCCACUGUGUUACUCCAGGUAUACUCAGCCUGUAAUCUUCUCCUUCGUAACUCUUUCGCUCCCGUCAGUAACGCUGCGUUCCGUGCGCACGCAGGCAGGGGUGGAUCGGCCCCAGUGCAGAGGAAUUGCUGUGCAAAACCCCACUCCCUGCUGCUGGAAGGUAUCUUACUCCUCGUGCCCCGCAAUUAAAGCUGCACAGGAAACAAGCAGCGGUUACGAGGCGCUCCCCUCCCUCCCUCCCCCCCUCCUCCAGCCCUGCCAUUGGCACAUGGCAGAGGAGGAGGAGGAGGAGGAGGAAGGCUCCUCCAGAGGAGCUGCAAAAUGCGCUCCCGGUGCUGCAGAGGUGGUGCUGUGAAGCCUGUUGGUAGCACGGUAGCAGCCCCGGUUGUUCUUGUCGCAUGGUUUGCAUUCAGGGAGCGCAGAGCUCACUGCCAGCCUUUUUUAUUCCUCGGCCAGCAGCGCAUCUUCAGCUUCUGGGAAGGAGCUGCCCUUCCCCUGCACGAAGAUCUUGUCAUUAGUUUAAUUGCUGGGCGGGCAGGGCUGAUGGGAGCGUGUCAUUGCCUCGGCAGCGCGCCAGCGCCGGCUCUCAGCAUUGCUGCCAGUCCCUGUGCCUCCAGGUAACCACCCCUCACCUCCCCGCUCCUCAGAUGGGGUGAAGAGGAGAUGCCCAUCUUCCCAUCUUCCCAUCUUCCCAAGGAGAUUUCGAGCACGGCAAUGGAGGAAGCCUUGCGAACGCCAAGGAUGAGCCUAAAAUACAGAAUCUCCACUGGCCGCGGGCAGCCAGCAGAGAAAAACGUUUCCACGCCUCUCCUGUGGUUUGUGUAGGAACAAAGCGCCGUGCAGCGAUGCGCCGUGGGGCUGAAGGAAGUAUUGAUGGCUGGGAAUCGAUAUCUCCAGCGGGAACCUCCUCACGGGCUGGUAAUCAAGUCUGAGAAAGCAACAAGAGUAGGACAAGAGGAGGAAGUGCCAGCUGGGCCGCCAAGUGACAGAGCGGUGAUGAGAGCUUCAGCAUUGCCACCAGCGCAGGAGCACCUCGUCCUUGGGCAGAGCUGCUGCUUCCUCAUGGCACCGCUGCAGCCCACGGCCCUGUGCCCUCCAUCGCACGCUCUGAGCUCAGAGCUUGCACGUGGCACCCCCAGCUCUGCACCUCACAGCCUGUGGACCCCCAUCCUCACACAGCACGGCAGUCCCUCUGCCCAGCACCCCACACCUCAUGCACCUUGCAGCCAUGCACCUUGCAGCCAUGCACCUUGAAUCCCGCAGCCCGCAUCCACGCACCCUUCAUCCCUUGCAUCCUACAUCCUUCAUUCCAUAAACCCUACACCCUUCAUCCCAUGCAUACUCCAUCCCUUGAACCCUAAAUGGUGCAUGCAUCCGUGCGCCCUACACUCUUCAUUCCCCACAAACGACACCCCACAUCCCAUUCACCCUUCAUUCCAUUCACCCUACUUCUCAUGCACCCUUCAUCCAAUGCACUCUAAACCCUCCAUCCCAUGCACCCUUCAUUCCAUGCACCCUACUUCUCAUGCACCCUCCAUCCAAUGCACUCUAAGCCCUCCAUCCCAUGCACCCUUCAUUCCAUGCACCCUCCAUCCAAUGCAUUCCACCCUCCAUCCCAUGUACCCUUAUUCCCAUGCACCCUUCAUCCCUUGUACCCUACGCCCUCCAUUCCAUGCACCCUCCAUCCAGUGCACUCCACCCUCCAUCCCAUGUACCCCUAUUCCCACGCCCCCUUCAUCCCUCAUAUCCUACACCCCACAUCCCACGCACCCUCCAUCCAUCCAGCCCUCUACACCCUCCAUCCUAUACAGCCUUAUUCCUUUAUCCCUCAUACUCUACACCCUCCAUCUCGUGCACCUCCAUCCAAUGCUCUACACCCUCAUCCUCCACUCCGUCCCCACCCGCUGCCGGUUCAGCACCGCGGACAGCGCCGCGCCGGUUCCGGUGUCGGUUCCGGUGUCGGUCCCGGUUGCCACGUGGGCACUGAGCCCCCCACACACCGACAGAUGAGAGGGGAGCUCUCCUGCUUUCCUUUCCCCUGAGCUCCGAGCACCGAAGCGAGCAAGGAGGAGAGCUGGGACCAACGGGAGCCGUGCAGGAAAAGCACAAGAACCCAACAACAGCAUCGUCUCGAAAACCCAAAGAGAUGCCGACCUCUCACCGGGAAGCAGCCCUCAGACCCCCGCACCGGCUCAGCCCACCCCCCCAUUUUGCAAAGCGAGACGACCACCCCCCCCUCUCAGCACUGCAGCUGCUAUCCCAGGUGGGGCGAGCUCAACCCGACGCCCUCCAUACCCACCCACUGCCUCCCGCAGCGCAGCCUCGGUUUUCCCCUCUGCGAACCUCUUGCACCGCCUGCAAGGAAACGUCCUAAAAACGCCAGAAAAAAAAAAAAUAAGAAAAAAAAAAAAAAAAAAAAAAGGAAAAAAUAAUUAAAAAAAAAAAAUACGACGUCCUCUCUGCAAACCCACAGACUGAAAACGCUUCUGUCCAGACUGAAGGAGGCUUCCGCACGGGUUUGCACCUUGCCUCUGUACUGCUCGCUUCUUUUUUUAACGAUAGGGGAAAGCAUAAUAGUUUAUUUUAACUAUGAAAUAUAUUGCUAUAUUACAAAGGUUAUUGUAACUUUCAAUUAUGGUUUUGUACCCGACCUGUUGUCGGCAGGCAGCGACGCCCGCCUGCUGCCCAUGUCUGUUUCUGAGUACAGUCACUGCGGGGCCGCGGCUGGUGGGAGCUCCCAGCGCAGCCCCCAUCCCGAUCCCUUCCAUCCCAAGGCGUUAAUCCCCGCUGGGAUCCUAAAUUUCUGUAGCACCGGGGCUUUGCUUUUCGCUUUUCUCAGCCUCCUGAAAGCCAUUCCUUCUCCUGGUCCCGUUCAGCUGCGGGAUGGAGGCUUUGGGGACGGAGCAGUGCAGGGCGCAUCGCUUCUCCCUCGCUUUCGGACUUCAACAACCCAACCGUUUGGCUCAGAGCAGCCACACCGGCGCAGUGCGGUGCUCUCCAAGUUCAGGGAUCACCCAUCCAUCCUCCUCCUCCUCGGGGCAGGAGGGCUGUGGGGUCCCACUCUCUUCUUCCUCUCAGGUCAACGUGUCCCCAGCUCGGGGACGAGGGCAUCCCCACAUCCCCACUGGUGGCAGGUAAGGACUUGGCACGGGGAGGCCGUGGGGUGCCUGGAGGUUUUGCUUCCUUCCAUCUCAGGCUGUGCUUGUGUAGGACGGAGAGGCAGCCCCAAAUUUAGGAGAGGGACGUGGUGAGGUUGCAGGGAUUGUCCCAGCUCAGCCUUGCCGUUCUCAGUGCGCACUUGGGGGGCAUCUCAGCACCGUGUGCAGGACGAGGUCUGUAGGGAAAUAGUCUUAAACCCCCCUUUGCAGCCCUGCUCUGCGCUCCUGGCCGCUUCCUUCCAUGUGGAGCAGCAGCCAGGGUUGAGCAUGGCGCCUGGGACCAAUUCCUGCUGCCUUCCUCCAGCACAGCAAAAUCCCUUACGCAGCUCCUCUAUCCCCCCCCCCAUCCCCAUAGCGCUGUCACUGUUAUCAGUUAUCACUAUCAGAGCCCAUGAAGGCACCCGGAGCUGCAGGUUGGAGAGCUCAGACGGCUCCUUGCAGGGCUGAAGCCCCCCCAGCAGCUCCAGCUGCCCCCCGUUGAGCCCAGCUCAGGGGGUUCCUGGGGUUUGUGGCCAGGCUGGAGGAGAAGGGCUGGCUCCUUUCCUUGUGAGCGGUGGUGAGGGCAUUGCUGACCCCCUUCUGCUGGGGCUGAGGUCUGUAGGGUGCUCGGAGCCCUUGUGCUCCUUCUGUCCCCAGCCAUCUCACAGCCCUGUGACCCCCAGGUAGGUUUGCUGGGGUAUCUCCUUUGAGGGGGGGGGGGGUUGAAGGAUGCUGCUGCUCCUGCUGCUGCUGCUGCUGCUGCUGGGGGACUUUGCUCUGCUUCCUGCCCCCAUCUUCUCCCCACUCAGCUCCCUAAGGGCUGCAGGGAGGAUUUAACGGGGGGAAGCCCUUCUGCUCGGGGGGUUCUUGCUUUUCCCUGGAUGAGCCCCAUCUGCGCCCCAUUUCCUGAGCAAAGGGCAGCUCUGCAGCCCCCAGGAUGCGCUCUUCUCCGCCUCCUGCCCAAAUCCUUCCUCCCCUGCACUGCACAACCCAACGUGGCCCUAUAGAGCUGCUUGGGGCUGCGGUGAGGAUCCGGCCCCACACUCCUCCCAAUCUGCGCAUGGCCCUGAAGAGGGGAAGGGAACGGGCCCUGCCCGUCCCAGCAGCAUUGCCAUAAACCGAGCUGUACCCAGAAACAGGCGCGUUUUAAACUAUGGCUUUAACCUGUUCACUGUAAAAAGUGCCUUGGACUUUAAUCUGAAGAGGUCAGUAUCUAUAAAUAUUUACCUGUGCGGGUGUGUAAGUAUGCAGAUCUCGAUGUAUAGUUACACACGCAAAUAUAUGACGUAUACGUA